GCAACGCAGAGGGUCGAGGUCCAUGCAGGAUGAAUGUUCAUGAUGCUGACGAGCGGCCCUUGAAGAAAAGGCGCUUUUUCGUGGAUGAAGAGGAACAGGUCGCCUCCCAACCGACUAACGAUCCUAUCCCAGCAAAUCUCGAUGCCCCUGCUUCCUCGUCCCUGACCGAGGGCAAUGGGAUCCAAUCACAACCUAUUCCACUCGAAAAUGCCCAACUCGACGAACCAAUUUCCUUCCCUGACGGAUCUUUGCAAAGUGAGAGCCAUGCCGUUCCCCGUGAGAAGGAAGAUGCUGCCUAUUCAGAACGCCACACCGCAGAUUUGAGGACGGAGGAAACACUAGUACAGGCGGAUGGCGAUGGAUUCGAUACGGCGACAUUCAUAAGUAUUGUCGGGGAACAUCUCUCCGCAGACUCGAUAUCGAAAAUUCGAGCCGCAGCCGGUGAUGACCUUGAGAGGGCAGUCAAUAUUUAUUUCGAUGGAUCCUGGAAGAAACCUUCUAUCAAUGGUGCUCGAAAUCAGAUAACCCUUACCGCUCGCCAACGUUCGCUUCCUGUACAACCCCCUCCCAGCGCAACGCCUCCGUCUACAGGCUCUCAAAUACAUAACGCAACUCCCACGACAGAUAGGGGCUCAUCUCGAUAUGCAGCUCAGCCCUUGCUGAGAUACGUAGGCGCGUUUGGCGUGGGAGGCUGGGCUACAAGGAGUGGAAGGGGAAUACUCAAGCAUGGGGAUCAUGUGAACAUUGAGCGUACACGGUCCCAGCCCAUCUCGAAGCGAGGUCGCGCGGGGAAGCUCGUCGCUAAUCAGAAAGUCGAUGUCCUCACACGGUUCACCACUAAAUCUGGUCAGGAGAUCGGGAGGCUGCCUCGGGAGACGGCUGAGUGGGUUUCGACUUUAUUGGAUCAGAAGGUGUGCAAAUUCGAAGCGGUCUGCGUAUACGUGCCGGACAUUGUCCGAGUGAAUGACACCAUCUAUCUGCAAUUGUGGUGCUACUUGCGGAUCGAGGCAUUCCAAUCUCGGAUACUUAACGAAGUGGUUGAUGAUAACAGGUCGAUUGCUUACUUCGAGGAGAAGGAAAGCACGGAGGAGAAGCGGUUGCGGCUUCGUCAAGUCGCUCUUGUGAAACUCUUCGAUGAAAUCGGUCUUCAACCCACAUCCAUCAAUGACAUGACGAGGAAUCACAAGAAAGAAGGAUUGCUUCGUGCGGCAGAAAUGUCGGAACAGUAUGAGCGCGUCAAAAAGGAAAAUCAAACAAACAACGGCUCUUCUGAUGAAGAGGACACCCCGGAGCUUGAAGAAGACCAGCUUGAUACGCUCUAUAAGAAGGCCCAGUCCUUUGAUUUCAACAUGCCCGAGGCGGAGCCUGCCUCAUCAUUCACAAUGGAUCUUCGAAAAUACCAGAAGCAAGCGCUGUACUGGAUGCUUGCCAAGGAGAAGGACAACAAGUCUGCGAGGGAGACGUCACUACACCCACUCUGGGAAGAGUAUACCUGGCCGUCCAAGGAUGUUGACGACAAGGAUCUCCCGGUUGUAGAGGGUGUUGAUCACUUUUAUGUCAACUCUUACUCUGGAGAGCUGAGCAUUAACUUCCCGGUGCAAGAACAGCAUUGCCUUGGGGGCAUCCUGGCGGACGAAAUGGGCUUGGGUAAGACGAUUGAGAUGCUCAGCUUGGUCCACUCUCAUCGAGUUGAGCCACAGAACCCUGGCAACCUGGCGAGGCUACCCCAGCUGUCUGCCGGAGUCGUCUCUGCUCCGUACACCACCCUUGUAAUUGCACCCACGUCCCUCCUGGCACAGUGGGAAAGCGAAGCCUUGAAGGCUUCACAGCCGGGAACGAUGAAAGUCCUGAUGUAUUACGGUGCGGACAAGAACAUCAACCUUAAAGAGCUGUGUGCUGCAGGCAACGCGGCUGCUCCCAACCUGAUCAUAACCAGCUAUGGUGUGGUCCUCUCGGAAUACCGUCAGCAUGUAUCCACGUCGCUCUCCUCUAUCCCCCCCAGCGGUCUGUUCUCGGUGGACUUCUUCCGGAUCAUUGUCGAUGAAGCUCACAUGAUUAAAAACCGUCAGUCAAGGACAGCUAAGGCGUGCUAUGAACUCAAAGCAACACAUAGAUGGGUGCUGACAGGAACACCAAUCGUCAAUCGCCUGGAAGACCUGUUCAGCCUAGUGAGGUUCCUCAAGGUCGAGCCAUGGAAUAAUUUCUCUUUCUGGAAGACGUUCAUCACAGUCCCUUUCGAAUCAAAGGACUAUGUGCGUGCUCUAAAUGUGGUGCAGACGGUGCUUGAACCUCUAGUACUUCGACGUACCAAAACAAUGAAGACCCCCGAGGGUGAACCUCUAGUGCCUUUACCACGUCGAACCAUUGCGAUCGAAGAAGUUGAACUUCCAAAACAGGAACGGGAAAUCUAUGAUCUCAUCUACACCCGGGCAAAGCAGACAUUCAAUAACAACGUUGAAGCCGGCACUCUGCUAAAGUCAUAUUCAACCAUCUUCGCACAGAUCCUUCGUCUCCGGCAAACAUGUUGUCAUCCGAUUCUCACCCGCAACAAAGCGAUUGUUGCAGAUGAGGAAGACGCCGCAGCCGCCAAUGAUGCAAACGCCGACCUCAAAGAUGACAUGGAUCUACAAGAUCUCAUCAACCGCUUCAAGGAAACCACAGAAGCAGCCGAAUCCAACGAGCCCCAAGACCCCAUGGCCAAAUUUACCGCUCACGCACUGAGGCAGAUUCAGAACGAGUCUAGCGGCGAAUGUCCUAUUUGCGCAGAAGAGCCCAUGAUCGAUCCUGCAGUCACAGCCUGCUGGCACAGCGCAUGCAAGAAAUGUCUAGAAGACUUCAUCCGCCACCAAACCGACAAGGGCGUGCCUCCUCGAUGCUUUUCAUGCCGAGCGCCCAUCACAUCCCGGGACAUCUUCGAAGUGAUCCGUCAUCAAUCCAACUCAUCGUCCCCGGAGAAUGAUAUACACACCAGCACUCCCCCAAGCGCCUCCCAAGCUCCUCCCCGAAUCUCCCUCCGACGCGUCAACCCUCUCUCCCCAUCCGCACACACCUCUGCCAAAAUCCAUGCGCUCCUCGCCCACCUCAGCCGCGUCCCCUCCGGCACCAAAUCCGUCGUCUUCUCCCAAUUCACUAGCUUCCUCGACCUCAUCGCCCCACAACUCACUCGCGCCGGAAUCCCACACGUCCGUCUAGAUGGCACGAUGCCCCAAAAAGCGCGCGCGGAAACCCUCGCCCAAUUCAACCAAGUCGACACCUUCGACCAGGACGAGAUCGACGAAGCGGAAGCCGUGGAUCUCCCUCGCACCUCCCGGAAGAAACACACUCCCUCCACUCCCCCUCCCAAGGUCCUCCUAAUCAGUCUCCGCGCCGGCGGCGUGGGCCUCAACCUCACGACAGCAAGUAACGUCUUCAUGAUGGACCCCUGGUGGAGCUUCGCGAUCGAAGCCCAAGCCAUCGACCGCGUCCAUCGAAUGGGCCAGCUGCGCGACGUGAACGUGGUACGGUUCGUAGUGAAGGACUCCAUCGAGGGUCGGAUGCUGCGCGUCCAAGAACGCAAGAUGAACAUUGCGGGAUCGUUGGGACUACGGGUUGGCGGCGAUGGAUCGGAGGAUGAUAAGAAGAAAGAGCGGAUAGAGGAGUUGAGAUUGUUGUUUGAGUAGAUGAGAUGAGAUGAGAUGGCUGGUUGGGAUUGAGAUCCGUUGUUGAUAUACGAUAAUGAUACCAUUGUAGUAGUAGUUUCGGGUUGCAUUCUGUGAUAUAGAAUGAAUAUAGCAUAUUAUGCGGG